AUGAAUACAACCACCACUUCACCCACGACUGGUGACCCUUUUGCCCUGACGACCUCGCCUACCAACUCGCCACCGUUGUCCGCCACGGCCAAGAGCCACCGUCCCUCUGACGGUGCUGCUGUCGCCAGUGGAAGCGGUAUAGGUGUUGCUGCUAAUCGACGUGCGAGUUCCUCUGCUGGUUCUGGCUCAGCUACCAGAGCCCGGUCGUCUGCCCGCAGCUCACGUUCUAGCUCCUCCAAAUCUACGCGAACCGAAGGAUCUCACUCAGAGCCCAGGUCGCCCCGGGUUGUGUACGGUCGCGGCACAAUAGAACGCCUUCCUACGGAGCUUGGCCGCUUGUGUGCGUCUUCGCCAUUAAUCGUCUCCAGUCCAUCAAGAGUCGCUUUAGCCCGACGUAUUCAAAGUCUCAUCCCGAACCUCAACUCACGGAUCCUCGACUCGGCCGUUGUCAACGUGCCAGCUCGUGUUGUGGACGACGCAGUCUCUCGCAUAGACGAUCGGGACGUCGUCAUCAGCGUCGGAGGAGCCUCAGCUGUUGGUUUGGCCAAAGCUAUUGGAUGUCGCAAGGGCAUCCCUCACGUUUUCAUUCCUACAACAUACAGCGGAUCCGAAAUGAUGCCUCUGCUCCUUGAUGCAUAUCCCGCAAGACACAGCAACAGGGGGGAUAUAGGUACUAGCAGCAACGGUGGCUAUAAGUCAAGUGGUCGCCGUCACCGCGAGCGUGAGCAGGGCUCGUCCUCACGCCGCAGCAAUGGAGCACGCACCACUUCCUUCCGCGACCCGAGAGUUCUACCUUCAGUCAUUAUAUAUGAUGAAGAUCUCGCAACGAGCUUGCCCAAGCGCAUAUCUGCACCCACUGAUGAAGCAGCCAUGGCACGAUCAACUGAGCUGCGGAAAGAGGACGAAACCGCGCAAUGGAGCUACAUCCAUCUCCCUGGUGUCUAA